CAUACAUACAGCGGAAAAAUAUCGAACACUUCCCACAAAUCGUGAGGGACCGUGGUUCUGCCUGUGUGUGUGUGCGUGUGUACGUGUGUGUGAGUACAGUAGUAUGUGGUCCUUUUUCUCUCGCGAUUCGUCGAAAGACUUCCCGUACGAAAUCGGCGAACCGGUGCAACAGUUCGACGCAAAGAGCAUCUGGGCACUGCACCGUGGCAAGCGGAAAGCAACCAACGAUGAGGUGUCCGUCUUCACGUACGACAUCCGGAGUGGCACGGAAAUCAAAUUGGAGCUAGCGAAGGUCGCGGUGAAGCGACUGAAGACGCUGCGCCAUCCUAGCAUUCUGCAAUUUCUUGACAGUCUGGAGACGGACAAGGUGCUGUACGUGGCCACCGAAUCGGUGGAACCGCUCGGGACGCACUUCAACGGGUUGGGCGGCGAUGGACCACAACGGGAUCUCCACCUUUCGUGGGGCAUCUUUCAGAUUACGCGUGCACUAUCGUUCCUCAAUAACGACGGUAAUCUGCGGCACAACAACGUUUCGGUUUGGUCUGUGUUCGUGAACACAUCCGGCGAGUGGAAACUGGGCGGUUUGGAAUAUGUCUCGCCCGCGGAGCUGCCGGCAACACCGCCGAUUAAAAUACCACCUUCACUUGAAAUUUACGAUCCACCUGAGCGAAACGAUGCUAACAAGCUGAAGACGGCCACCAAGUGCUCCAGCGAUAUGUGGGGUCUCGGGUGUCUUGUGUGGGAAUCGUUCAAUGGUCCGUUGAAGACGCGUGGCAAUCUGAAGAAUAUCGAGGGGAUUCCUAAAUCGCUAGCCCCGCUGUACUGUGAGUUAGUUGGGGCGGCGCCUGCAAGCCGUCCUAAUCCCGCAGAUAUCAUCACGAAGUGCCGCAAGCCGGGCGGAUUCUUCAAGAACGAUUUAGUCGAUUCGCUUCUAUUUUUGGAGGAAAUACAAAUUAAGGAUAAGGCGGAGAAGACACGAUUUUUCAGUGGUCUUACUGCGCAGCUGGACAACUUUCCUGACACAGUCUGCAGGCACAAAAUACUUCCUCAAUUAAUAACGGCCUAUGAGUAUGGCGAUGCAGGGUCGGCUGUGUUGGCACCGAUGUUUAAGCUAGGGCGCCUAUUGGAUGAGGCUGAGUACCAGAAGCGAAUCGUGCCGUGUGUGGUGAAGCUGUUCGCUUCCACGGACCGUGUAACGCGAUCACGUUUGCUGCAACAGCUCGAUCUAUUUAUCUCGCACCUCCAGCCAAACGUAGUGAACGACCAAAUAUUUCCCCAGAUAGUACACGGGUUUCUCGACACUAACCCAACCAUCCGGGAACAAACCGUCAAAUCUAUAAUCCAUCUUGCACCGAAGCUGAACUAUAACAAUCUCAACGUAGAAGUGUUACGCCAUUUCGCACGACUUCAAUCUCGCGAUGAUCAAGGCGGCAUACGCACGAACACAACCGUAUGUCUUGGCAAAAUAGCCCCACACCUUCACCCGCAGGUACGACAACGUGUUCUCGUGUCGGCGUUCAUACGGGCAAUGCGGGAUCCGUUUCCGCCGUCUCGCGUCGCUGGAAUUCUUGCGCUUGCCGCCACCCAACAGUACUUUUUAUUGAGCGAGGUAGCCACACGUAUCUUGCCGGCGCUCUGUCCGCUCACGAUGGAUCCGGAAAAGUCGGUACGUGAUCCGGCCUUCAAGACAAUUCGCGGCUUUCUCGGAAAGCUUGAAAAGGUAUCGGAAGAUCCCAGUCUGAGGGAAAGCAUGGAGGCUGACGUUCAUACGGCAACACCGUCUUUGGGAAAUGCUGCUGCGACGUGGGCCGGUUGGGCCGUGACAGCCGUGACUGCCAAAUUUUAUCGCAGCCAAAGUGACACUGCCCGUCCGCGGCCUCCACUAACUGGUAAAACAUUGAGUAAACCUGCUUCUUUGGAACAACCAUCAAGUAGCAGCAUUUCGACUACGACUAGUAGCGUCACGUCAAUGACUUCACUAGAGCACGAAAGUGCGGACACGUCGGCUUCGGCCAGCGACUACGGACCCGACAACUGGGAUCAUGAAAAUUGGGGAGAUAUGGAUACCUCGCAAGAUCCAAGCAGUCCAAUAGCCGCAACAUCCAAUCAGCUUAAUACUAACCUGAACAUGAUUGGCAGUGUCAAUGACGUGAGAGACGGAUGGGACAAUGAAGAUUGGGGUAGUCUUGAGGAAGAUCCGAACGAAACUGAACUAAACGAAAAGGAUGAAGACGAACACAAUCAGGCGCAGCAGAAGGAGGCAGCACUGUUGCUACCUUCGCCAUAUGUUGUUUCUUCCUCGAUCAACAGCACCAAUGCCAUCACUAAUAGCACUCCUUUCAUUGGCAGUAGUUCAACCAACAUUAGAAAUGCGACCUUAAACACAGCAGUCAGCAGCAGCAGCAGCAGCAGCAAUAACAGUACGACCAACAAUACGACUAGUUCAUCUGUUACUGGCAACACAGUUGCAAAGCCGACAGCCAACAACAGCAAUAAUAGCAACAGUAACAGUAGUUGCAGUAGCAGCAGUAACAGUGCCACUCACAGCAACACCAACAACAACCUAACCAAUCACAUGAAUAGUCCGAGCAAGAUGAUUGCUUUGAAAAAUAUGAACAAUCUAUUGAAUAGUACGAGCAGUAUGCCCACCACGAAUACCGCCAAUUCCAAUGUAAACUGGAACAGUAGGGACGGUUGGGGUGACGGAGACUUUGAGCCCCUGGACGAGCCGAGCACGGGCAAUGUAAAGCUUGAAGAAGCACGUCGGAAACGGGAGGAAAAGAAAAUGCAACGUCAGCGAGAAUUAGAAGCCAGAAGAGCAGCUCGUGCAGUAGGUGCAGGAAGUGGCCCAUUGAAACUAGGUGUGAAAAAGAUGUAAUUCGGUUAAACGGGAGACGAAUGAAAACUGGAGUAGGACAAUUGAUGGUUGAAUGCGGGGGAGAAAAACAGGAGAAGGCCAAAUUAAGUGAGGGAGAAUGUUCUAUUCACUUGAAGCACUUGAGGAAGCCUUUAUAAACUUUAAUAUUUAAUAAGAUACUACCAAUGCCAAGACCUGUACUAAUCCCAGGAUCUGUAAAGAAAAGCCAUUCAAUUUAACCGCAAAACAUCGCAUGUUGUCAUCGCAGUUGGCGGAUGUGGUCUUCUUUUUACCAUAGACUAUCCGAUGGUGGAUGUUUGUUUUCUCCUUAUCUUUCAAUAUAUUUCCGUAAGAUGUUUUUUUAACUAUUUCGACGAACGGUGUAUGUAUAUAGAAAUCUCUCGUAAAGGCUUACAAUUAGUUAUUAGUUGUCCACUGUUGUUUCUACUGUUGGUUUUUUCGCUAAUCUAAGUUUAGACGUGAGUAUGAUCUUGAAAAAAGUAAUCAAACUGGUAUAAAGCAAGCAUUCCGAUAAAUUGAUGUUGUGGUAGGAUUUAGGUUGGACGAGGACGAAACAUUGAAACACAAAAAAAACUGAACAAUUUGAAACGGUUUGAGGAAGGAGAUGGCAUGAAUUGCCACUUUAUGGCAUGAACAGUCAAUAGCUUUAAUAGAAAAUAAACGAAUUUAUUGUAUUGGCCCAACGUGAUUGGAGAACUUUUCAUCGUCGUGAACCGUACUCUACUUUGUCGCUUAAGUGUUUACGCGCACACCGACGACAUCUUUGGUAUCGUUUGGUUCGUUCAUUUGGGAGAAAGGCAACCAAAUCGCGUUAUAACUGCUCCAGACAGGCAUUUAUAUCUCAUCGUUUUUGAUAAUCUUUGUGGAAAACUGAAUUUAAAUUUCAAACUUAUUUCGAUGUAAUCAAGACGGAACUAAAUGUGGUAAACGUUUACGGAAUUAACGAACACUGGCCGUAAAAGAACUAAUGCUGGUAUAACCAUAAUAGAAAGUGCAAUACACUAAUAAAUCACAAUUUUUAUGCUAGCAGCCCGCGCAUUUACCGCUCGUUAAUAAUCCUUAAGCUCGGUAAGAAUGCAAAAUGCUCAGCUUAAAACUAUUGAUGGCCACAAGUCACCGGCACCAGUUUUGAUUUGAAAUCAGAUGCUACAUCUGCAGUGCGUCUAUACCAUAAUUAUAUUUUCCCCCCGGCUCCUCGAGUAUACGGAAUCCUGGAUGAAUCAAAUCUAGAUAGGUAGAGUAAACUAUUUGUCAAACAAAGAAGAAACAAACAAACUCUAGGUAGCGUGAAAUUCGUAAUAGAAUUAAUAAAAGCACUUUAGACAUUUUAAAUAAAUACAGCGCACGACCACAAAAAGAAAAUGUUCGUAACAUAAAAAAAAACAAAUUAAUCCUGAUGAAAGUGACAUUAAAUAACUAUUGAUAAAAUUUGCAGUACAUCUAUUAAUAUUACGUUACAUCAGAUGAUUUCAGAGAAGUUUCCGAAAUGUAACCAAUAGCAAUAUUAGAGAAGCAAAAUUUAUUAAACCACCUGUAAGUUCUACUGUUGGCUUGUCUCUUUUUCUUCUGUUUCAAAUCAUUUUCCGGUAUUCAUAUGUUUACUACAACUACAAAACAGUAGGUAGUGUUACGAUUGAAGCUGUUCCGGCCCGUGUAACUGUCUAU